AUGUCCUGCUUGAAUGCCCUUUACUCUCAAUCAGUGACCUUGCUCUCCGUCCCGCAGGAGAUACUCCUGCUUCAGCACAAAGUCUUUCAGGAGUACGCGAAAACCACCGUUGGACCGGACUUCGUGCACACCCUGCCGUCCUUCUUGAUCGUCGCGGCAUUGGCGAUCGCUCUAUGGAGAAAUCCACCGUCCUUCAACAGCUUGGUCCAAGUGCUGAGCUGGACAGUUUAUAGAGCUCUUCAGGUCAUGGUCGGCUGGGUCGUCGGAAUUACCGGCUUAUGGUUCUGGUUAAUCCUACAGAGGUUGCUGUAUUGCUACACUUGGACCUACUGGAGCUACGAGUCAGAGUACCUACAGAAUAACGUUUCUUAUCAGUGGUGGCAACGCGUCUGGUCCUCGUACUAUCCUUCACCGAUGCAACCGCCAGCGGUAUCAGCCAGUUUUAUUAGUUGGCUCCUGUCUAUGUCGAUCGCAGUGGUUACUCUAGGCUGCUCGUUGUACAUCAAUCGAAUACGGGACGUUGUCCUGGGUUCUGCAGCUGGAUUGAAGCACGCGUUACGGAUGCUCAAGUAUUAUGCAGUUGUUAACUUAAAAAGAAUGCUGAGGCUGAUGCUGCAACACCACAGGUCGCAACAGGCAUCUUUGACGAAGCCCAUCGCGCCGGUGGAUGGCAGCGAUGCCAGUUUGUUGCGCGACGAAUGUCGGUUCGAGGUUUCCAGCGACGUGAACAAUCCGGCUAGAAGAGAGGUCCAUCCGAUCGCUUAUGGCACCAACUGGAUGCCGAAACCGUCUUUCUCCGGUUACAAAGAGCCCCAGAGGAAGGUCUCGAUGAAGUCGAUGCAUACGUUGGCCGUCGUGAACGACAUCGAGGAGUCCGACAUCGAGGAGUCCGACAAGCUGAUGCCUAGACAGCUCAGACACAGACGAGGAUGUCACACGGUGGUCCCUUACAACUCCAGCGACAAGUCGAGCGGCUGUUGA